UUGCAAAUACAAAAUGGCCGUUGUAAGAACUAACUACGAGAAUAAUAACGAGGUUGGGGUGUUCUCUAAGCUGACCAACUCGUAUUGUUUGGUCGCUAUCGGCGGAUCUGCAAAUUUCUACAGUGUGUUUGAAUCCGAACUUAAUGAUGUCAUUCCUAUUGUCUACACUUCAAUUGGAAGCUGCAGCAUUCUUGGGAGAAUGACAGUUGGAAACAGGCACGGUCUCUUAGUACCAAUGAGUUGCACAGAUCAGGAACUCCAGCAGAUUAGGAACUCUCUACCUGACACUGUUAAAAUUCAGAGAGUUGAAGAACGUCUCUCUGCUCUUGGAAAUGUUAUUGCUUGCAAUGAUUAUGUUGCUCUGGUGCACCCUGAUCUGGAUAGAGAGACAGAGGAAAUACUGGCUGAUGUUCUUAAGGUUGAAGUGUUCCGUCAGAGUAUAGCUGACAACGUAUUAGUUGGUUCCUACUGUGCUCUGUCUAAUCAAGGAGGUCUGGUUCAUCCUAAAACCUCAAUUACAGAUCAGGAGGAACUCUCAUCCUUACUCCAGGUCCCUCUGGUAGCAGGGACAGUCAACAGGGGUUCAGAUGUUAUCGGAGCAGGAAUGGUUGUAAACGACUGGUGUGCUUUCACUGGACAAGACACCACCUCUACCGAACUCUCUGUCAUCGAAUCAGUCUUUAAGCUCAACGAGAGCCAGCCCUCUGCCAUUGCGCAGAAGAUGAGAUCUAGCCUUAUCGACAGCAUGACAUAAUUUAACCAUUUUUUAAACAAUAUUUUUUUAUAAUUUCCUUUCCAGAA